AUGAGUUAUUACAACCAGCAACAACCACCGGUCGGAGUUCCGCCGCCGCAAGGUUAUCCGCCGGACGGAUACGGAAAGGAAGGAGGAUAUCCACCGCAAGGAUACCCACCGCAAGGAUAUCCACCGCAAGGAUACCCACCGCAAGGAUAUCCACCGCCCGGUUAUCCACCGCAGGGAUAUCCUCCGCCACCGUACCCAGCCCAGGGCUAUCCUCCACAAUACGCUCCUCAAUACGCUCAACCACCUCCUCAUCAACACAACAAUAAUUCAUCUGGUUGCUUGCAAGGCUGUUGUGCUGCUCUCUGCUGCUGCUGCCUAUUGGACGCCUGCUUCUAA